AUGACGAAACCCGAGCAUCAAAUAUGGCUUUUAGAAGCUCUAGGAGUUGAUUCAUUAUCUAACGAAGACGCCACAGAGCCGUUUACUCUACUACAGGCACUAUCGUUGGCCUCACCUUCAUCAGUCGAUCUAUCAUGGUAUGCCUCUGAUGAGGCCUUCAACUGUGAGGAUCUACCGGCAAAGACAUUAAAUGACCUCAAAUCUGGAUUGUUGGCUGCCGCAAUUCACGUUGACGAUGAUAUAUGGCGGAACGUGACAGACAGGGAUGCUAAAGGCUGUGAUGAAUUGCUGAAUUUGAUAUGGGGUGGUCGAGAUACCGUUCGACCUCGGACUGCUGCAGUCGCUGUAUCUCGCAAAGUUUCAGUCACGGCUAAGGAGCAGAAUGGAGCUCCUGUGGGAAGCAGCAUGGUUAUAGAUGACACAGAAGAUGAUUUCGCUCCCUCUGAGUCUGCAUUUAUACCUGCUGUGAGAUGGCUGUUAGCCCUAAUCAAACAACAGCCGAAUUUAUCUGCAAACUGCAAGACAGAAAUCACUGACCUACUGGCCUCAUUGUCAAAUACAGCUUGCAAAACGUUACCUCCAAAAGCAAUUCGAGCCUUAUGUGCCGGAACAGCAUACCAGCUUGCUUGUGAUUCAUUUUUGGGAUCAAGAAUGGAAACUACAGUCGAAACCGUUUUACCUGAAAAGGGGUUUCCAGAAUGCUUCUUUUUGGAUGCAUUAACCAACCAUGGCUAUUUGAAUAUUCCAAAACGACUGUGUCAGAAUGUUCGCGAAAUGAUUGCUGAUCAUUGUCCAUUUUAUGAGUCCAUUCACACAAAUAUUUUGGAAGCUUUGAUGGCUACAAGCUGGAAGGACUUGAAGGUGGAUUCUAUGGUUCGAGAACUCAAGAAUUUCGAAACGUUUGAUCCGACGUGCAUGUACCCAUACGACGUUCCAGAUGCUCUUCAUGCAUGGACACAUCAAAUAAUAAUGUCACUGAUUCGCCGCAUCACUAACAACACAUCACCAGACUCUAAACUCAGCUCGCUACUUGAAUCCACAGAUCUGUUAUCAGUAGCUCAAGACGGUCGUGCAGUUGGAGCUAUCUUUGCAUACUAUUUCGAAAUUGAUUGUGAUUUAGGUGGAUUGCAUUUGGAAACAAUGCUGAAGGAAUCCCAAAUUGUGGCCAAUUGGGAAAAGAUUCGUAAAUGGGCUCGUAAGCUUAAUGUUUCGUCGCCACCAUGGUUUGGAGAGUCUAUGGCUUCUUGGGAGGGGAGCAGCAGUGAGGCUUUCAGAGGUUUGAUUACAAUGUACUUUGCAACGUUAUACAAGCGAACUGUUUGUGUUGGUGAUUCUCUGGAAGACCCUAUGAAAGGACGACGACUAUCCAUCUCGGCGAAAAGUAGCAGUGAACGUUCAAUGGAUGAAUCCAUUUCAAGAGUAAUGACACAGUCAACUUCCCAUCGGGCUUCAACCACCACUGCAUCAAUAAUGUCAUCAUCAAUUCCAACAUCAGCAUUGUCAAGUAACAAGGCUGCAGAUACAAAAACUAGUGUGAGUUUGAAGAAGACUACUCCACCGAAAGCACCAACACCCAGCAAAGCUUCAGCACCUUCCGUAAAACCUACCACCCCCACAGCACAAUCUCAAAUACCAGCCUCGACAACUCAGACAACGGAAUCUUCCUCACGUCGAUUGAAACUACGUGAUCGUGGACGAGAGCCAGUAAUUGCAACAACACAAGCCGUCAGUCUACCACCAAUACCUGCUCCAAAACCAACACAAUCGACUCCUACAGCACCUGUACCAUUGAAUGCAUCCUCGUCGACUAUCAGCUUACCACCGAUAGCAGGUGCGGCUGAACCAUCAGACAAGGUGUCGGGAUGGAGAUCAACAGACCAGAUUGCUCCUAUUGUCGUGCGUCGUGUCCAAGUUCCGGAGAUGAUUGAUUUGCCUUCUCAAGUCUUUGAGAAGAAGGUUGACAAGAUGGAUUUUAUUGGUGAUUCUAUAAUUCCGGAAGUGUUGCCUCCUAAAGAAUUUCAAAGGGUGGCUGCUGCUGCCAGGCCGAUAGAGCAAGAUAUAGUUGAGGACUUGAUUGAGUCGACUGAGCAGCUCCCUCCGUCUGUAGAACACGUUCCGGAAACAAUAGUCGAUGACGAUAUUGAAAGCGAGCUGGUGGCAGAUGACACUACCUCACUUGAAAUACAAGAGCUCCAACAUCCAGCCCCUGUCCCCGUCAUGGACAUAACAGAUGAAAUAAUGGAGGAUUCACACGAAGGAGAUGAAAUCAUAGUUCAUCGAAACCUCGCUCAUUUGCUUGGAGACGACGAAGAACCCGAACAAGCACCAAUACAAGAGGAACCUCUAGUAGCCGAAGAAGCCGUUGACGAUGAUGGUUGGAGAAUGCAAGAUGAAGUAGAUCACAUGUCUACUGGUGAUUACUACGACAUACCAUCUGCACCAAGCUCGCCUUCUCAGUCACCACCGCAUCCACAUAUUGCCUCAUUCUCGCUUUCGGAGGCUCUCGACGCACAGAACAGAGGACAGUCCAGUGAGAGGAAGGGUGGUGUUGCUUUUGUUGUUGACUUGUCUGAAAAGGAAGAGACGCGACAAAGUACUUUUAGUCGUCGAAAUCAGACACCUGCUGCCGUAAUAGCUCCCAGACCUGAACCAGCUAGGAGUGAGACUCCAGUCCAGAAGAGGUUUGCUCGUCUAGAAGCACAAAAAUCAAAAGUUGCUGAACAACAGCAACAACGUAAAGAAGCUCAAGAACGAGAGCUAGCUGAGCAACGUCGUGUCAAGGAAGAAGAAGAAAAGAAGAGGCUGGAAGAGCGAGCCAAGAAACGAGUCAAAGAAUCAGAACGACCUAGCAAAGUAGAUGCUCCUGCCAGUCGAGCACAGUCGAAUCGAAUCUUAAUACGGAAUGCUCUUACCCAUUUGUGUUUGGCUGGAGCUGUUAAUGGCAAGAUGAAGGAUCAAAUCCUUGAGGACUUGGACUCACAUCCUGGCACACACUUUUUAAUUCUCUUCCCACCACCGGAAUCAAGAACCUUCCGGGGUCUCUACACUUACGAUCCAAAUCUAGACACCGUGCAUCGUGUCUCUGUAUCCAAAGGCCCUGAUAAGCUUGAUCCUAAGGAUAUUGCGGCCUAUUACAAGUAUGAUUCUGGAGCGAGAGAUUUCAAGAGGAUCGAAGGAUGUUGUGGAUUUGGAAGGAGUGUGCAUGCUGUUGCGUUGUCUCAAGAUUUUGCUCAAGGGAAUAAGAAACGUAUACUUAAUGGUGUAUAA